CUAGAAGCUUCCUCCAGACACACAGAGCAAGGAGAGUGACCAGGAGGGUUUAAGUUGUUUGCUGCUGUUGGGGUGGAUUAAAGUGGUUCAGAAAUGGGGUGGGUGCGGGUGGUUGUGUUUUGUACAUUGCUAGUUUCUUCUGAUGGCCUUAUCAGAAUUCCACUGACGAAGUUCCAGUCCAUCCGAAGGGCACUGACUGAAGUUGCAGGUUCCAUUGAUAGCCUUGCUGCUGCUGGUGAACCUAGCCCUGACAAGUACACGGAAUCACCACAAAAGGAGGCGGAGACUCCCGAAAUACUCACCAACUACUUGGACGCUCAGUAUUAUGGUAAGAUUGGUCUCGGCACCCCACCACAGCUGUUCACUGUGGUCUUCGACACUGGGUCAUCCAACCUCUGGGUUCCAUCUUCCCGCUGCUCCUUUUUUGACAUCGCCUGCUGGAUUCACCACAAGUACAAAUCAAGCUUGUCGAGCACAUAUGUGAAGAAUGAUACAGAGUUUGCUAUUCGCUAUGGCUCUGGGAGCCUUUCAGGAUUCCUCAGCCAAGAUUCUCUAACAAUUGGUGAUAUGGUGACUCCAAAGCAGGUUUUUGGGGAGGCGGUUAAACAGCCUGGAAUUGUAUUUGUUGUGGCAAAAUUCGAUGGGAUCCUCGGCAUGGGCUAUCCCGCGAUAUCUAUCGAUGGUGUCCUGCCUGUCUUUGACAACAUGAUGAAACAAAAGCAGCUGGAGAAAAAUAUCUUCUCUUUCUACCUGAACCGGAAUGUGAGCACACAGCCUGGAGGGGAGCUGCUGCUGGGAGGCGUGGAUUCUAAGUAUUACACUGGAGACUUUCACUAUCUCAAUGUCACCCGCCAAGCCUAUUGGCAGAUAAAGGCUGACCAGGUGACUGUAGGAAAUCAGCUGACCCUGUGUAAGGACAGUUGCCAGGCGAUAGUGGAUACUGGAACGUCACUUAUUGUCGGGCCAGUGGAAGAGAUAAGAGCUCUUCACAAAGUUAUUGGAGCGGUGCCUUUGAUUCAGGGAGAGUACCUGAUCGACUGUGCGAAGAUUCCCAAUCUGCCUGUUGUCACCUUCAAGCUGGGCGGUAAAGAAUUCACCCUGACAGGAGAGCAGUAUGUGAUGAAGAUCAGCAAGUUUGGCCAAACCCUAUGCCUCAGUGGAUUCAUGGGCAUGAACAUCCCUCCUCCAGCUGGGCCACUCUGGAUUUUGGGCGACGUUUUCAUUGGCUGCUAUUACACAGUCUUCGACCGUGCCAGUAAUCGAGUGGGCUUUGCUGAAGCUGUGUAGUAUGUUCUCCAAACAGAAGGGGCAUUCGCCCACACCAUGUCCGAAACAAUGUCCCUUUCCCCACUUAUUUUUUUUUUGUUUCUUUUUAAAUUUGCGUGGGCCUGAUUUAGAAAAAUGUAAAGGAAAUUGAUGUAGCUCAUUCCUACUGACUCCCCUCCUGCUUGACCGCGACCUGGCUACAGUUCUGUAACCCUUGCCUUGCUGAACAAACACAAUCUUGGUAUGUUUGUGCAGUUCUUUUCUCUCAGCAGAGCUGAGGUCUAAGCUGGUUUGCCAGGGGGUUUUAAGCAGUAAUGAUUUUUCUGCCCAAAACUGCUUCUGUGAAAUCAUGAGAUUUCAAAGCCCCUUGCAUUCUGAUCCUUUUUCCAGUGAAAGUGCAGACUCCUCCAGUGCUCUGUAGCAUUAUCCCUCUGGGUUCUGAGGAGCUAUAGAGGUCUUUUGAGGACUCACUUCAUUCUGUGUAUACAGGGCAUCACUUUGUUACUAUCUUGGACUGACACCAUUUUUGCCCAGUGACAUCCAUGUGCUUAUUUGCUCUUCCAUUUAUUCAAAGAUGCCUAUUGGUCACCUCAUGUGGGUCAUCACAAUAGCAACUUGGUUUUGGACUGUUCAAUAUGUUCAGCUCCCUGGUUUGGGGGGCAGGGAGAGUGGAGUGUAGUCAGUUUAUUCCCACUCAUUCUUUGUUAUGAGAGCGUGAAAAUGUUUGUCCUGAAUCAGAAUUGGGUCCCACAGAGUCGAGCAGUUGCUUUGCAUAUCAGGUUUCUGUCAGAGUUUGACAAAGCAACAGGGACUCCCUCUUGUUUU